UAGGCAGUGUUCCAUAAAACUGAGUCCUCCUCUAAGGCCCAAUCACUCGGGUUGUUUGGAUAGUUUUGUUUUUUUAAGUUCCCGUCUUUUCGAUUCACGUCGUAGUAAAUCGCGACGUGUACGUGAAGCCCCGGCAGUGGCGUGUGAAGUCCCAGUGCAGCACUUCCGCAGUUUAUUAGACACGUCUGUAAGCAGCAGCAGGACUCAGUAAGAUCAUGACACUAACUAACAGCUGCUGAUCGGAAUAAAUAACGUCACAACACAGGACACUCGAGCAGCAGGUGAAGAUGCCGAUCGACAGGCAGCGAAUGCGUCCAUGGAUCGAGGAGCAGAUCAACAGCGGUAAAAUCCAAGGCCUGAUCUGGGUUAAUAAGGAGGAAAAGAUAUUCCAGAUCCCGUGGAUACAUGCUGCCCGGCAUGGCUGGGAUUUGGAUAAAGAUGCUCCACUCUUUAUGAACUGGGCCAUUCACACAGGAAAAUACCAACCUGGAGUGGACAAGCCUGACCCCAAGACAUGGAAGGCGAACUUCCGCUGUGCCAUGAACUCCUUACCGGAUAUAGAGGAAGUGAAAGACAAGAGUAUGAAAAGUGGAAGCAAUGCGUUCAGGAUGUAUCGUAUGCUUUCACCAUCAGAAAGAGCAGCUAAGAAAGCCAAGAAGAAAAAGAUGGAACGGGAGGCGAAAGCAAACGGCCCGGUACAGAAACGGAAAGCUAAGAACAGCGAGCCAGAGAAAGAGUUGCAGCUGAAGGAAGAAACGCUGCCAGACAGCACAGUUUUAUCAACAGAACCGGAUCAAAGCCUGGCGCUCAGCUCUCAAAGUAAGCUGACCAUCAGCUAUCUCCCAGACGUUUGUGCUGUCGUGGAGGUCACUACUGAGAACGAGGAGUCAGCCGUCAGCUCCACUGUGAUCCCCUACGACUUCCAGAUCUCCCCAAAGUCCUGUUACGCUGAGAGCGACGACGAGGACGCACACAGUGGUGAAGAUGUGGAGCCUCAGGAUUUGUCCUUCAGUUCGAGACAAUCUUGCUCCUCUGUGCUCAGGAUCGCACCAAGCUUUCUGGACAAAAAUCAGUCGUACAUCUCGGACAAGACAAACUUUUGGGUGACGAGCUUCCGAGAGGAUUCGCCCAUGAUCGGCUACGACGUGGAGGCCUGGCGUCCGUUCCUUCCUGCUCUCACCAUCGACCUCAGCACCAGCUCCAGGUCUCGUGCCAGCGUCAUCAUGAAAGCCGUGGACCUUUCCUCUAAAAAGACGUAGGACGGAGAUUCGCUGCUAAACAGCCGCUCUGGAGGACCGAUUUCUGUUUUUUUGGGUUUUUUUCUUUCUUCCUCAUCUGUGAGAAGGGGCAAUGACCUGGGAUUUAUCCUCUUUCACCCUGGUGCUAUGUUCAGUGUGCAUGAACCUUUAUCUGAAUGUAAGGCCAUGCAAAGUUAAAAGCUAGAGGAGUCGCUGACCCAUGUGUUUAUUCAGCAAUAAAAUGAAGGGUGUAGUUACAGAGUUAGCUAACGUGAGCUAGCGAGGGUCAUUUCAGAACCGUUUCUUUUUUAAGCGGGUCGUUUAACUCGAGUCGGCGCAUCGUGUAUGAUGGCUAAGUAACGAGUUUAUAAACCUGACAGGAUUAGAAGAUUUUAUCAAGAGAUAACAACAAAUCCUACAAAACAACAGUUAUGUGGUUUAUUUUCUUCAAAUAGUUAUUUUAAGUUGACGAUGAACUGAUCAGUCUAAUGUAACUGAUCCCCAACACUAAAGUGUUUUUGUUUUUAAUCUGUUAAUGUGGGAAAACUAACAGAAGCUUUUUUUUUCUUUAUUUCUUCAUGUUUUUGAGCGGUUUAAUUUUGCAUGGCCUAAACCAAGACAUACCUCAACAAACAUGUACAUUUUUCAACAAAAAAUGUGUGGAAUUACCUCAGAGACUGAUCCACGGUUCGUUGCACUCACGCUAUAGUAUUAUAUAGGAGCACAAAGCUUAUGUUAGACACCAGCUUCGUUCGAUAGUACAAAGGACUGGCUGGUUGUUGAGCUAAUGAACAGAAGACAGGCAGUUGUGCAAACCUCUGAUUGGAAAGAUUAGGAUGAAACUUGUUCUUGUGUUUAAUGUGAGUGUAAGCAGAAGCUCUACACACACACUGAUAAAAACACUCUAUAAAAAGCACAACCAUUUCAUCACACGGCACUAACAGACAUACACAGAGCUAAAUAAAAACGGGUACUCGUCAUACACACACACACACUUUGGUGUGGACGCACCCCUAGUAGCAAAGCUGUGCUUGUGCGUCUCAGGCAGCGUGAACGCUAUUAAUACACGAAUACAGACUCCAAGAAUUGUAGAGAAGUUGCACAACAGCCAAACUAAUGCUAAUGCUAAUAGGUGCCCAGGUCUAAAGUAGCUACUGUAAACUUUCACUUUACACCAAAACUAAUAAUAAUUAAUAAAAGAAAAGCAGAGAAUGUAUGGAGAGUUUGAGAAGUUUACACUACACAUAUCUACACAAAGUCUUUUUCGGCAUGAUAAAAAGGACGCGGGAACCUGAAACAAAUUGCGGAGGCUGAUUCAAAAUCGCCGAUGAUAAAUGAUCGCUGCUGUAAGCCCCGCCCACUCCUCUCCAUCUCACAGGCUCUCACGGUCUGCAGGUUUAUAUUGAAGUUUCUGAUGUUUUUAUCAACUUUAACAGGGUAUGUUGACGUUAGCUCGACAGGCACGUGUUUAAUUAACGUUAGUUAAAUAUAAUGAACGCAGAAGCCACUGAAACAUAAAAAUGUUCUUUAUUGUACUUCCUGCCUGGGUGGAGGGGGGGUGAGUCAUGUCAUGUGACAAAAACAUCAUAUCAUGAUACUUGAACAUAUAUAUUUUUAUGAUACAAGAUAUAUAUAUAUAUAUACACACUGUCAGCAAUACAGUAGUGUUGCAUUAAAUAAAAAUAAACUAUAAAAAGCUUUUAUAUCUACAAAAAUAAAUGAACUUGGGAGAUCUGAUUAUUAAUCUUUAAAAAAAAAUGAAAAAAUGUCUAAAAAGAAAUGUAAUAUCUCAGAAAGUUGGAUGAAGUUAAAAGCUGUAUAAUGUUUUAGCGGUGAGACGAGCUGCAGUCACAGACGUAUCAUCUGUUAGCUUGGGUGUCUGUAUUUAUAUAUGACACGAGAAGAGUGAAGUCCAGGCUGAAAGACGUUCAUUUACGUUCACAGCAUUUACCAGACUUCCUUAUACAGAGCAAAAUCAUUUUUAUGCCCCGGAGCAGUUAAGGGCCUUGUUCAGUUCAGUGGACCAAGUGUUAGUCCAUCACCUUAACCACUGAGUGACCACAUGGCUAUCAGAUGGUGUUCAGAGCCACCUUUCGGUUUCAUUACUGCACACUCGAGUAGUCACAGUUUUCUGAAUCCUUCAGUCAUUGGAUUUGUACUUUAGGGUUUAGAACUAGGAAUGUUUUUGUAGAUAUUUUUAUAAUUUGGGUGAAUGAUUCAUAAACAAAAUAAAACCAGAUCAUUAAUCUACAGAAUGUGUAGGAUGUCAAACUCAAUUCAACAAUCACAGCACUGCUCAUUGGAAUGGACACACACACACACACACACACACACACACACACGCGACUCUCCAUACAGACAGGACCCUGAGCUCAGGAUCAAACCAGAUACCUAAGAGACAUCAUACCUGUAUACCUGCUGUAAGCCCCGCCCACUCCCUUCCAGUUCACAAGCUCUCACGACGAAGUGUUUAACUUGUUGAAAGCAGUGUUUCUUCUCUCCUCACACCAGAGACGGUGUGACCAUUCGUAAUCUUGCCACAUGAAAAUUUUAGUUCACAUCACGAUAUUUGAAGAUAUUUUUAUGAUACAUUAUACCAGGUUUAUGAUCUAUAGGGUUGCUAUCCUACGUUUGUGCUAUAACAGGCUGGUAUUUGAAGCUAAUAAUGAUUCCCUUUACUCUGAUUAUACAUGAUGAUACCACCACCAGGCUUCACUGUGGGGAUCAGACUACAUCACAUUAUUCCACGUGGUUGGAUGUAUUUAUUUUUAUUUUAGCCAGGAUUAGAUGAUGAUGAUGAUGAUAAUGAUUGGGAGUAAAAAGGCUUCAGUCCUGCCGUCCUACUCUGUAACCCAGAGAUAUGAAGAACUUAUAUACGAAGCAACGAGUUCUUGUCACAAAUGGCUGCAGUUCUUUUAAGAGUUGCUGUAGGACUCAUGGUAGUGUUGGAUUCAACCAUUUAAGCUCAGUUUAAUUUCCGGUUUUCAGUUUAGACGAUAGAAAGUCCAGGGUUGUUUUUUUUUUCUCUUUAAUUAUACCCUGACUUCUGGUCUCCUGAUGCUUCAGUCAUCUUACUUCUGAUGAAACUGAUGAUCAUCCAGAAAGAUUUACAGCAACAUCCUCCCUCUCUGUCCAGAUUUCUCCUGCUCUUCUCACCAACUUUAGACGAACCUCCUGGUCUUACGAACGUCCCUGCUGUGCCAUAUGACCUAAUCUUGUUGAUUAUUGUUAUACAGCUGGGCUUUAUUUGGGGUUAAACAGUCACUUAAUCUGUGUCAGGUGUACACUAAUUAAUAUUCAUCACCAGCUUGAAUGUGAUUGGUUGAGUCUCAACACAGUUAUUAAAGAGUGCACAUACUUAUGUAUGCUUCUGUUGGGAGGUUUUUUCUCACUAAUUUUUAGUUUUUUUUUUGUUUGUCAUUUAUUUUUAUAUAAAGAAAUUUCACAAUAAAGGUAGAAAAAGUU